ACGUCCAUCUUGACGUGGUUCCACAGUUCCUGUGGUUCUCGUAGCAAAGCAGGAGGUGUGAUGGUGUUGUUGUGUAGCUAAAGUUGCUGGUUUGAUGGCGGGUUGUGGUGCUUUAGGGCAACGUGUGAAUGUCUGUGGUGAAAAGGUGUUGGGUUGAGCCCCAGAGAGAGAUUAGCAACGAGCAGAAAGUGCUGCUGAAGAAAGAUUGACGGAGUUGAAAGAAGUCUUGGUGGAGCCGGAGGAAGAGAUGGAGGAUGAGCGCAGACUGCUGGAUUUCAGCCGGAUCCCCCUGAUAAUCUUACAGCGAAUAGAUCCCAACAAAUACUGUAUCUGUAAAAACGAGCCAACUCACACUGAGCUCAGCAACCAGGCAGGAAACUACACUUCAGAUGAAAUGGGACUCAAACCUGGGCAGACAAAAUGGGAGCAAAAGGAACCAGAACCAAUGCAGAUAAAACAGGAGCAAGGGAUUCCAAAACAAUUGCAGAUAAAAGAAGAGAAAGUAGAACUAGAACAUCAUCAGUUUAAAGAGGAAGAAAGUGAACAAUGCAUCAGUCACACUGAAAAGCAACUUGUGCUGAAACAGGAGCCUGAUAACAUUUUAAUGGUUCCAUCCAGUGUGCAAAGACUCUCCAAUGAAACUGAACAGAAAAGGAACCAACGCAUUUCUCAGGCCUCCCCUGAAGCUGAGAACCAGGAUCAGGAAGGAAACAACGAGGAACCGGAAAGAAGGAGAGAUGAGCUGAAGCAACAUGAGGGAUGUAAGAAAACCAAACUACAGAAAGGAACUGCUGACAUUUCAAAACAGAAAACUAAAAAGAAACCUCACCCUGACCAAAAUAUGGAUUCUUGUGAAAUUGGUUAUCAAAAAGUUUCUCAAAAAAGUCACUUGAGUACACACAUAAGAACAGAAAAGGCUAAGAAGCCUUUCUCAUGUAUGAGCUGUGGGAAACAGUUCCCCAUAAGAAGCUAUUUAAAAAUUCACAUGAGAAGUCACACUGGUGAGAGACCUUUCACAUGUGUAACCUGUGGGAAAGGUUUUGGACGGAAAGGCCAUUUAAAUCAUCACAUGAGAAGUCACACAGGUGAGAAACCUUUCACAUGUGUCACCUGUGGGAAAGGUUUUAGUCAAAAAAGCAGUCUAAAAAAUCACAUGAUAAUUCACACGGGUGAGAAGCCAUUCACAUGUGAAACCUGUGGAAAGGUGUACAGUGAUAAAAGUAGUUUGCGAACUCAUAUGAAAACUCACACAGGUGAGAACUCUUUCCCAUGUGUGAGCUGUGGAAAGAUUUACAGUGAAAGAAGUAGUUUACGUUAUCACUUGAAAAGUCACACAGGUGAGAAACCUUUCUCAUGUGUCACCUGUGGAAAAACCUUUAUUCUAAGAAACGUUUUAAAAACUCACAUGAGAAUUCACACAGGUGAGAAGCCUUUCACAUGUGUGACCUGUGGAAAAAGUUACACGGAUAGAAGCUGCUUAACUAAUCACAUGAAAACUCAUACAGGUGAGAAACCUUUCGCAUGUGAAACCUGUGGAAAAACCUUUAUUCUAAGAAGCAGUUUAAAAACUCACAUGAGAAUUCACACAGACGAGAAGCCUUUCUUAUGUGUGACCUGUGGAAAAAGUUACAGAGAUAGAAGAAGCAUAGACUAUCAUAUGAGAAAUCACAGAUGAGCAGUAUUUCUCGUGUACUGGAAACCUGUGGAAUAUAAUAAAAGAAGCAGUUUACCUGUUCACAUGACAAACCACACAUGAAAAAGCCAUUCUUCUUGAUGUUUAGUGAUAGAAAAUCAGGCAAAAAUCACAAAACUG